GCAAGAAGUAUCAUCUUUGACGCAAAAACUAGAAAGUUUGUCAGAAGAAAAUGUAGCAAAUAAGCUUGUUUUAGAAGAAUAUAAAAACUCGAUUGAAGUGUUGAAAAAGCAGCUUUCUCAAGGUGUGGAUGAAAUGCAUCUUCAAAAAUUAUUAGAAGAUAUCGAUCAGUCUAAGGUUACACUAAAUAUAAAGAUUGGGUAUUAUGAGCGACUUAUUAAUGAAGUUGAAAAAGAACUUUUACAUACUAAGGAUGGUUACAAUCAGUGUAUGGAAAAAUUAAAUACUUUACAAGGUGAUUUCGAUAAUCUCAUUUCAAAGUGCAAGGAUGAACAUAUAGAAAGUAUAAAUCAAUUGAAGAUGGAUCUGCAUAUGGGAAUAGAAGGAAGUGAUAUUAAGACAAAGUGCUUGGACGUACAUGCUGCGAAAAUCACAGAACUGGAGCACAAACUUGAUAUCGUAACGGAACUUCAGCAACAAAUCGAAGAAUUGAAUAAGAAGUUAGAAAUAUGUCAAGAUGAGAAAGAACAUCUGCAAAAGUUGUUAGAUGAAAAUAAUGAUAAACUCUUAGAAUUUGAGGUUCGUUUGGAAAGUGCAAAGGAUAUAGAACAGGAGAAAGAUGCUGAAAUACUAUCGCUUCAACAAGAAGUGAAAUCUCUACUUCAAAAAACGGAUAUUGCUGAUAGAGAGGGCAAGCUCAUGGAAGCAGAGAUAAAGAAUACAAUAAAGGAAUUGACAGAAACAAAGGAUAAACUUUCUCAAAAUGAAAAACAUAUUGAAAACUUAGAGUCAUGCGCUAAAGCAAACGAACAGAAUGCUAAGAUUCUGGAACUUCUUCAACAAAGUGCUCAAGAGAGGCAAACAGAAAAUGACAGGUUACGGAAUAUGAAUCAAGAACUAAAGAACAGUUUGAUUGAGAAGGAACGGGAGAUGGAAGCGUUUAUGAAAAACAGAGAUGAUAUGGUUACUAAAUAUGAGACGCUAGUAAGGAAUCAACAAGAAGAAUUAGAGAAACAAAAACAAGUAGCACUUCCUUACUAA